GCGCGGGGCCUGGCGGCCGGCGGCGCGCAGCGGGGGCGGGCGGAGGGCGGCGCCGCUGCAGUGCGGAGACCCGCUCGCCGUCCCCGCGUCCCCGCGUCCCCGCGUCCCCGCGCAGCUGCCUCUGGCCUCGGGCACCGCGCAUCUACAGGACCGUAGAAGACAUUCUGACCAUGGCCUCCCCAUCCUGCUUCCACUCGGAGGACGAGGACUCUCUGAAAGGAUGCGAGAUGUACGUGCAGAAGCAUGGCAUCCAGCAGGUGCUCAAAGAAUGCAUCGUGCACCUCUGUGUUGCCAAGCCUGACCGGCCGCUGCGGUUCCUUCGGGAGCACUUCGAGAAGCUGGAGAAGGAGGAAAACAGGCAGAUCCUGGCUCGGCAGAAGUCAAACUCACAGUCUGAUUCCCAUGACGAGGAGAUCUCCCCAACACCCCCGAACCCUGUGGUAAAGGCACGCCGCCGGCGGGGUGGUGUGAGUGCUGAGGUUUACACUGAGGAGGAUGCUGUCUCCUAUGUGAGGAAGGUCAUUCCCAAGGACUAUAAGACCAUGACUGCCCUGGCUAAGGCCAUUUCCAAGAACGUGCUCUUCUCACACCUGGAUGACAACGAACGGAGUGACAUAUUUGAUGCCAUGUUUCCUGUCACUCACAUCGCUGGGGAAACGGUUAUACAGCAAGGGAACGAAGGAGAUAAUUUCUAUGUGAUUGACCAAGGAGAAGUAGAUAUAAGACCUCCCUCUAUAACUGAAACUGGUCUGGAGCCCAUCAUCCAUCUGCCUCAGCCUAAGGUGUAUGUGAACGGUGAAUGGGUUACCAACAUCAGUGAGGGGGGAAGCUUCGGAGAACUAGCUCUCAUUUAUGGCACCCCCAGAGCAGCCACCGUGAAGGCCAAAACGGACCUCAAGCUCUGGGGUAUCGAUCGUGACAGCUACAGGCGCAUCCUCAUGGGAAGCACGCUGAGGAAACGCAAGAUGUACGAGGAAUUCCUCAGCAAAGUCUCCAUCCUAGAGUCCCUGGAGAAGUGGGAACGCUUGACUGUGGCUGACGCCCUGGAGCCUGUGCAGUUUGAAGAUGGAGAGAAAAUCGUUGUUCAGGGGGAGCCCGGGGAUGACUUCUACAUCAUCACAGAGGGUACUGCUUCGGUCCUCCAGCGACGAUCCCCCAAUGAGGAGUAUGUGGAAGUGGGGCGCCUUGGACCCUCUGACUACUUUGGGGAGAUUGCAUUGCUGCUGAACCGACCCCGUGCAGCCACUGUGGUGGCCCGGGGUCCUCUCAAGUGUGUGAAGUUGGACCGGCCUCGUUUCGAACGCGUCCUCGGCCCCUGCUCCGAAAUCCUGAAAAGAAACAUCCAGCGUUACAACAGCUUCAUCUCCCUCACUGUCUGAGCUUGCACUGCACCUGUACCCUUGUGGGGGUUCCCAUUGUGGCCCAGUGACCCAUUCCCCAUGCUGGGGGCCUGGGAGCUGCUGGUUAGCAGCGAGGUGGGGCUGGUGCCUGGCAUGGAGCCGCUCCCUUCUCUGGACUCACUUUUGAAUAAAUAACCAUCUUGUGCAUUUUAAAAAGUAAGGGCAAGCAACAACUGCAUCCCCAGACCAGGGAAGUGACAGCUGCCUCCCCCACAGUGACCCUACAACCUUAUUUUGGGGCCAUCCUAUCCCCUCUUCAAGUCUUUGGGAAUUCUUAUUUGGUCCCCAUACUUGAACUGGCUCUGUGUCCUGCCAGGUCUCAAGACAGAGGGACUACAGCUACCCUUGCAGCUUUCCCCCAGGGCUGAAAGUUAGGACACUGUCCCUGGUCCCUGUCAGAUUCUCCCAGGUGUGUAGGACAGAUGUGUCAAAGGGAGGUGUCCUCAAAUGGACACUCAGGUUUGAGAGCAGAAACAGAGGGUGAGGAAAGACAUUCUUGGUCCCUGCUCACUACCCUAACUCUCAGAAAGACGGGCCUAAGUAGGUUCCAGCCUCCUAACUGACCACAGAAAGUCAGGAGGUAGUAUCUUAAACUAGUCACUUGCCCUCAUGGCUUUUGGAAAGUUCAUUUCCGGAUAGGCAGGGCACCCUGAGCUCAUGUCAGGACAGUUGGCCAAACCUGUGACCCCCUCACUGGCUGGGCGCCCAGAUUGGGCAGGAAGCAUGGUGAUGCGGGGGCUUUCCAAAUGGUUUUGAGUCUGGGCUGAGUCCCCAUCUCCUGGAGGCUAGGAGUCACGGCUCUGUCAACCUGCCUAUUGGAGAUCCCGAGGGACAGCAAGGAACUCUGACUUGCUGGUUAAAGCUGUGGGUGCUGAGCCUUCCCCGGAUUCAUUGUGUAAAGCCCGAGUCCCUGCCCCUGAACCCCAAGCAUCUCUUCCCUGAGUCUCCUCUCUGCUCCCUUUCGUGAGGGGAAGAUGAGCUGAAACCAGGCUUAACCCCACAUACUAAACCACCAGUGCAGUGUGAUAUGAGCCAGCAGGCCUGAGGGCCACAUGAGUGUCCACAACUGCUUAGUGUCUCCUGGGUAACUGGCAUGUCAUGAGACAGGGUGAUCAAUCUUUUCUUGCCCCCACUGUGCACGUCUAGGGAGGUGAGCCUUCCGGCUGGCCAUCAGCUCCUCCCUGUGUGGCCCUGGCUGUGUGUGUCCUGCCUGCACUGUGGACUAUCUGUGGAUUCUGUGGACAUGUUCCUCCAUCCCCUAUUUAUGUCACCAAGUGCUGCAUGAGCUAUUAAAUGUGCAAUGAAGAACCCUU